AUGGGUGUCGAUACAGAUCCCACGAAGAACCUCGAGGCGACGCACGAGGUUGCCUCGCCUCAUGAUGCUGUUCGUGGGGGGAGUCUCGACAUCCACGGAAUCGAAGAUGCCGCCAUCAUUCCCAAAGGCGCCUUGGAUCCCGUCUAUGAGGCCAAGGCCCGGGUGCUCAACCGCGCUAUACAAGACAUCGGAAUGGGAUGGUACCAAUGGCAGCUCUUCAUCGUCGUCGGGUUCGGCUGGGCAAGCGACAACCUUUGGCCCAUCGUGACGUCUCUGAUCUUCACUCCAGUCACCAACGAGUUUGGCCCUUCUCGACCUCCUCUUCUUAUGCUGGCACAAAACAUUGGCCUUCUGGCAGGCGCCAUGUUCUGGGGCUUCGGUUGCGACCUCUUCGGUCGGAAAUGGGCCUUUAACCUCACCCUGGGCCUAACGGCGUUCUGGGGCCUGGUCGCAGCCGGGGCUCCUAACUUUGCUGGCAUCGGCGUCUUUGCGGCUCUCUGGUCGUUUGGUGUCGGAGGCAAUCUCCCCGUCGACUCGGCCAUCUUUCUCGAAUUCCUCCCAGGAACCCAUCAGUACUUGUUGACGGUCUUAUCCAUCGACUGGGCAAUAGCCCAAGUCAUCGCGACCUUGAUCGCAUGGCCGCUUCUUGGUAACCUCACGUGCCAAGAGGGAGCGACUUGUACCAAGGCCAACAACAUGGGAUGGCGGUACUUCAUGAUCACGGUCGGCGGAUUGACCCUGCUCAUGUUCCUUAUCCGUUUUCUACUCUUCACCAUCUACGAGUCGCCAAAAUACCUCAUGGGAAAGGGGCGCGACGAAGACGCGGUCCGAAUCGUCCACGAAGUCGCCAGGCGAAAUGGCAAGAUCACGUCUCUCUCAAUCGAGGAUCUCAAGGCAUGCGAGCCGGAAGGGUAUGUUGCGCGGACCGACGCUGCUACAGCCAUCAAGAGGAACUUAGAGAAAGUCAAUCUCAGCCGCAUACGUGUCUUGUUCUCUACACGUCGCCUGGCUUUAAGUACCGGCACCAUCAUGGCCAUUUGGGCGCUCAUCGGCCUCGCCUACCCUCUUUAUAACGCAUUCAUCCCAUAUAUCCAGGCAACACGAGGCGCCGAGCUGGGUGACGGCAGCACCUACCUGACGUAUCGCAACAGUCUGAUCAUUGCUGUGCUGGGCGUCCCUGGAGCAUUACUUGGAGGCUGGCUGGUUGAGUUGCCAGCGCUGGGAAGAAAAGGCACGCUCGCUAUCAGCACCGUCCUAACAGGAGUCUUUCUCUACUGCUCCACGACCGCGAUGACUAGCAAUGCGCUUCUAGGAUGGAACUGUGCCUUCAACUUUUGCAGUAACGUCAUGUACGCCGUCCUCUACGGUUUUACCCCGGAGUUGUUUCCAACGCCGCAGCGCGGGACCGGCAACGCGCUUACAGCGACUUGUAAUCGCAUUUUCGGUAUCAUGGCGCCCAUCGUCGCCAUGUUCGCCAACCUCAAGACGUCGGCGCCCGUCUAUACCAGUGGUGCUCUGUUCAUUGCCGCUGGACUCUUAGUGCUGAUACUGCCCUUCGAAUCGAGAGGGAAAGCAGCUCUGUGA